AUGGGGACUGACAGUGAAAACCCAGUCCUGAGGAACUUGCUCAUCAGCUUCAACUUACUUCUGCUGGGUGCCGUCCUCAAACCUUUUGAGUGUCAUCUGGAGGUGACAACAGAGCCAGCUGAGAGGCCAGCGGUGGGUGAGGAGGGUGGCCUUGCCAACUGCAGCCCAUCCAUCAAAGAGCAGCCCAUGGUCUUCCACCACAUCUACAACAUCAACAUCCCCCUGGACAGUUGCUGCUCAUCCAUGUUCAAGUCUUCAGCCGAGGAGGUGAGUUCAGAAGACGACCGGCUGGCGGAGUAUGCAGAGCAGACCUCUGACAGCGAGAGCCAGGUCACCUUCACCCACAAGAUAAACUUGCCCAAGCAGGCCUGCAAGUGCUCCACCUCCUUCCCGUCCCUGCAGGAACUGCUGAGCAGGAUUGAGAUGCUGGAGAGGGAGGUCUCCAUGCUCCGGGACCAAUGCAACUCCAAUUGCUGCCAAGAAAAUGCAGCCACAGGGCAGCUGGAUUACACCCCGCAGUGCAGCGGCCACGGGAACUUCAGCCUGGAGUCAUGCAGCUGUGUGUGCAUGGAGGGCUGGGCGGGCAUCAACUGCUCCGAGCCCCGCUGCCCACGGGGCUGCUCCAGCCGAGGCGUCUGUCUGGAGGGCCAGUGCAUCUGCGACAACGACUACGGGGGCGAGGACUGCUCCCAGCUCCGCUGCCCUGCUGGCUGCGGCUCCCGCGGGCUCUGCGUGGACGGCGAGUGCAUCUGCGAGGAGGGUUUCGCCGGGGAGGAUUGCUCCCAGCUGCGGUGCCCCCGCGACUGCUCAGGGAAGGGCCACUGCACCAAUGGCACAUGCAUCUGCCAGGAGGGCUAUGCCGGGGAGGACUGCGGGUGGCUGCACUGCCCCAAUGCCUGCAGUGGCCACGGGGUCUGCCGGGAUGGCCUCUGCGUCUGCGAGGAAGGCUACGAUGGGCAGGACUGCUCGGCAGUGGCUCCUCCUGGAAACGUGCAAGUGACAGGGAUCAGCGACAGCUCCAUUGAGCUGACGUGGGACAGCUCAGGGGCAGCCACAGAGUACGUCAUCUCAUACCAGCCAGCGGGACCAGGGGGGACACAGCUCCAGCAGCGGGUGCCUGGGGACUGGAGCAGCAUCACCAUCACAGAACUGGAGCCAGGUGUUGCCUACAACAUCAGUGUCUGUGCAGUUAUCAGCGACGUCUUGAGCAUCCCUGUGACCUCCAAGGUGAUGACCAACCUCGCAACGCCACAGGGGCUGAAGUUCAAGACCAUCACGGAGACGACGGUGGAGGUGCAGUGGGAGCCCUUCACCUUCCCCUUUGAUGGCUGGGAGAUCAGCUUCAUCCCCAAGAACAACGAAGGUGGCGUGAUCGCCCAGCUCCCCAGCACCGUCACCACCUUCAACCAGACAGGACUGAAGCCAGGGGAAGAGUACACCGUCACCUUGGUGGCCCUGAAGGAACAAGCCAGGAGCCUUCCCACCUCUGACAGCGUCUCCACUCUUAUCGAUGGCCCGACGCAGAUCCUGGUGCGGGACGUCUCCGACACGGUGGCCUUCGUUGAGUGGACGCCGCCACGUGCCAAGGCCCUGCGUCCCGGCGCCCGCUACCACCUCGCCGUCAGCGCCCUCCGGGGUGCCAACGAGAGCCAGUCGGCCCUCGCCCAGUUCACCACAGAGAUUGAUGCCCCCAAGAACCUACGGGUGGGCUCGCGAACACCCGCCAGCCUCGAGCUUGCCUGGGACAACAGCGAGGCCGAGGCACACAGCUACAGGGUGGUCUACAGCACUCUGGCCGGGGAGCACUACCAUGAAGUCCUGGUGCCGCGGGACACUGGUCCCACCACCCGGGCCACCCUCGCAGAUCUGGUGCCAGGGACAGAGUACGGCAUUGGGAUUUCAGCCGUGAUGGACAGCCAGCAGAGCGUGCCAGCGACCAUGAACGCCAGGACCGAGCUUGACAGUCCCCGGGACCUCCUGGUGACAGCCUCCACAGAAACAUCUAUCUCACUGACCUGGACCAAAGCCAUGGGUCCCAUCGACCACUACCGUGUCACCUUCACCCCUGCCUCAGGGAUGGCCUCCGAAGUGACAGUGCCCCAGGAUGUGUCUCAGCUCACCCUCUCGGAGCUGGAGCCUGGGACAGAGUACACCAUCUCCAUCAUUGCUGAGAGGGGACGCCAGCAGAGCCUGGAGGCCACCGUCGAUGCCUUCACAGGAGUCCGGCCCAUCACGCAGCUCUACUUCUCCCAGCUGACAUCCUCCAGCGUGAACGUCACAUGGAGUGAUCCAUCCCCACCAGCAGACCGCCUCAUCCUCACCUACAGCCCCCGAGACAAGGAGGAGGCACAGCAGCUCACACUCGAUGGCACCCGCAGGCACGCCAGCCUGACGGGCUUGCAGCCAUCCACCGAGUACCUGGUGUCGCUGGUGGCCAUUCACAGUGCUGUCAGCUCUGAGCCUGUCAUGGGCUCCAUCACGACAGGGAUCGAUGCACCGAAGGACCUCAGGGUGGGCAACGUCACCCAGGAGUCCAUGACUGUCUACUGGACCCCUCCCAUUGCUGCCUUCGACCACUACAGAAUAUCCUUCCGUGCCGCUGAAGGGAGAACAGACAGCACCUCCAUCGCCAGUGAUGCCACUGAGUAUGCCCUCCGUCGCCUGCAGCCCGCCACCAAGUACGAGAUCGGGGUGAAGAGUGUGCGGGGCCGGGAGGAGAGCGAGGUGGCCUCCAUCACCGUGCACACAGCCAUGGAUGCCCCCUUGGGGGUCACAGCCACCAACAUCACCCCUACCGAGGCACUGCUGCAGUGGAACCCACCGCUGUCAGAGGUUGAGAGUUACGUCCUCAUCCUCACCCGCCGCGCAGUUGCAGGAGAAACAAUUCUUGUGGAUGGAGUCAACCAGGAGUACCAGCUGACCAACCUCCUGCCCAGUACAACCUACACAGUCUCUAUGUAUGCCACCAACGGGCCUCUCACCAGCCAGAUUAUCAGCACCAAUUUUACAACUUUUUUGGAUCCUCCAACAAAUCUGACGGCCAGCGAAGUCACUCGACGGAGUGCCCUGCUCUCCUGGGUGCCCCCCGUGGGAGAGAUCGAGAACUAUAUCAUGACCUACAGAUCCAGUGAUGGCAGCCGAAAGGAGCUGAUUGUGGAUGCUGAGGACACAUGGAUCCGCCUGGAAGGGCUUUCUGAGACCACAGAAUACACCGUGCGCCUGCAAGCUGCCCAAAACACCAUGCGCAGUGGCUUCAUCUCCACCACCUUCACCACAGGUGGACGAGUCUUUGCUAACCCUCAGGACUGCGCCCAGCACCUGAUGAACGGAGACACACUGAGCGGCGUUUACACCAUCUCCAUCAACGGGGACCUCAGCCAGAGGGUGCAGGUGUACUGUGACAUGACCACCGACGGAGGUGGCUGGAUUGUCUUCCAGAGGCGGCAGAACGGACUGACCGAUUUCUUCCGGAAAUGGGCAGAUUACCGUGUUGGCUUUGGAAACUUGGAAGAUGAGUUUUGGCUGGGCUUGGACAACAUCCACAAGAUCACAUCCCAAGGGCGCUAUGAGUUGCGAAUAGACAUGAGGGAUGGUCAGGAAGCGGCCUACGCCUACUACGACAAGUUCUCCAUCGGCGACUCACGGAGCCUGUACAAGCUGCGAAUUGGGGACUACAAUGGCACUUCGGGGGAUUCCCUCACCUAUCACCAAGGUCGUCCCUUUUCCACCAAGGACCGGGACAACGACGUCGCUGUGACCAACUGCGCCAUGUCCUAUAAAGGGGCCUGGUGGUAUAAGAACUGCCACCGCACCAACCUCAAUGGCAAGUACGGAGAGUCCCGGCACAGUCAGGGGAUUAACUGGUACCACUGGAAAGGCCACGAGUUCUCCAUCCCCUUCGUGGAAAUGAAGAUGCGACCCUACAACCACCGCAACAUCUCUGGGAGGAAGCGACGGUCUCUACAGCUCUGAGCCAGCUGAACCCCCUCCCGCCUCCCAUCACCUGACCU